CAAAAGGAGCUGGGAGGGCCCAGAUUCGAAUGAACUCGACACCUGAUAUUGUCGCUGCGGCCCUAUUGCCUGUCAUCACCGUAGAUAGGCGUCACUUCUUCACUUGUUUUAUACUUCUCGAGCCGAUACAUGUUGUGCUGUCCGCCCGUUUUGGCGCUGCUGGUCGUCGUUCUUUCAUCUGACCCUGACACGUUGAUUAUUAGUCCGGUUGAUCCUUUUUUUUCGCCUCACCAUUUUCACGUCUCAGACGUCUCACGACCACAACGGCAAGCGUCCUGGAAAAGCACGCCAGCAGUGUCUGCAUCCUCUGCUGAGCAGUGCUGUGUAAGAUACUGGUGGCCAUGAUUCGAGGGCGAGGCCGUGGCCGCGGAUCUUCCCGGCGCACCCAGCAAUCUGCUCAUCCCGGCCACUCAGACCCGGCAAACCUCAGCACGCCAAUUCAGUCAGCGCACCACUACCCUCCUCCCCAUUCGGCCCCGCAAAGAGGGCGACCCAGGAACCCGGCUCCCUCUCACUCCUUCUCUCCCCUGUCUCCGUCCGCAGUCCUGUCUGCCCCAAGGAGCGAAGGCCCCGCCCGCUUUCCGGGUCUGCAGCAGUCAUUUAGCUUAGACUCCCCGGGAAGCGCCAUGGCUUCCAAUGGUCCGGCUCUGCGCAGGCGAUCGCGCCUGUUCGCUGCUAGCUUCGAUGGCUCGGCGGACGAGGAGCCGCUGUCAAAGGGCGGGCAUUCGCUUAGAAAGCGUGCCCGCGUUGACUAUACCCAGGAGCAGAUCGAAGACGAUCUUGGGUCUCGCGACUCCAAGCCUGAUCCCGCAGGCAAGUUAGCCAGUGCGCCUGGAGCCCGGGUUCGCAAGAGACGGGCCACUUACGACUUCUCCGGUGAUGAUUCUGAUGAGAUCGACUCGGCUGCUCAUAAGCGUCGCCGCGGUGAGAGGUCGCCUGUUGGGCAGCGGACCACCUUGGUCCGCCGCAGAAACUCGACUCGAAAGUCGAUGGGUGAUAUCAGAGACUAUCUGGAUCAACCCUCUGACAAUGAGGUUCAGGACACUAUCCUGGUUGGAGUGUCGAUGAAUGAGCUGCAGUCAUCGCCUCCUCAGUCUGACCAGCAGUCUGAAUCUCGUCGGUCGGCUUCGAGCGACAGAGACGUUGGCCAGAUUCAAACUGGAUCCCCGGCUCCUAAGCUACAAGAAAACAAAAGCAGCUCUCAGGUUGUACCGUCAAGUCCUGGGCGUGAAAAAUCAAACCCCCCAGGACCCUCGCUUGAGACCGAGGAAGUACCGGAAGUACCGAGUUUCCCUCACCUUCACCUCACCAAGGUCGAAGACACGGAGCCCAUUGUCCACGCUGCUGUGGAGCCUAUUGUUUCGAACAAUACUGUGCCCAACAAUAGCCAUGUCGAGUCCCCUGAACAAGGGAUACAGGGCACUGCUGAGACCACAAUAGUCGAGGAUAUUAUUGUGCUACCCGACCAACCUACCCCCGAGCCAUCAACACCAACAGCGUCCUUCGAUAUUUCAACCCAGGAAAUUUCCACUUCAUCUGCAACUCCCGUCGAUCAGAAAAAAUACCCAUCAUUACUCCAGGAAAUUCCUACUUCAUCUGCAACUCCCUUCGACAAGAAACAACCCCCAUCAUCACCAUCCGAGGCUGUCACGGUUCAGGAAGAACCUGCAUCACUCCGACCGUCUACUACACAGGAAGCACUCAGAGGAAUUGCACCGCCUCCUACUCAGGAAGAACCUGAAAUAUCUGCACCUCCGCAAUAUCCUACAACUCAGGAAGAAUCUGAAGAAUUUGCACCCUUCCCGCCUGCUCCCACCGAGGAAGAACCUGCACCACCUCCAUCAUCAACGACCCCCGUGCCGCAGGAAGAACUUGCACCACCUUCGUCACCUACGACUCCGUCAUCUACCGCUUCUGCGCUGGAAGAAGAACCUGCAACGCCCCGAUCUCCCAGCACUCGGGGAGAACCUGCAGAAUUUGCAACACUCUCACCUUCUCCCACCCAGGAAGAACCUGAAGAACUUGCACCAUUUUCACCUUCUCACACCCAGGAAGAACCUGAAGAACUUGCACUACUUUCACCUUCUCUCACCCAGGAAGAACUUGCACCACUUUCGCCUUCUCCCACUCACGAAGAACCUGCACCACCUCCAUCAUCCACGAUUCUAGUGACACAAGAAGAGCCAUCAUCACCUGUACCCACUAUCACGCACGAAAUGCCCGCCUCACCUUCGACUCCGGUGAUGCAGGAAGUGCCUGACGGACUUGCGACUUCUCUGAUCCAGGAGAAGCUUGGCUCGCCUGAAAAAGCACCACUGGUUGAGGAGAACCGCACCUCACUCGAAGCCACGAUGAUUCAGGAUAAGCCCGCCUCACCUGUUGCACCCCCGGCCGAGGAAGAGCCCCUCUCGACUGUGAUUGAUGUCGCCCAGGCACUGCCUGCUUUGCCUUCGGUCGACAUGGAAAUCAAAGACUUGCCGGAUGGAGAGUAUAAGAGCGGCUCCACUGCAACAUCCGCUGCGGAGUCGCUCCAGCCCCAGAGACCUCAACCGCGUAAACUCAAGCAACUUGACUCGAUCUACCAGGAGCAUGGCCAAACCGACUCCGGCAAUCGCUUUUCGCCCUACGAGGACGGAGAGGUUGCUUACCCAUCGCCAUGGACUGAGGUUGUCGAUGACCAGCAGCCAGAACCAACCCCUGCCUUGACUCCCGCACCUGCACUGCCCGAGCAGGAGCUGAGUCCCAUGGAACAAAUGUGGGAUGGUCUACGGCCGCUGAAGUAUAAGGAGUUCUUCGACAUCUACCGGGCCGAGAUGGCGAGCCGGAAAACGAAGGGCCAGAGAACGAUGACCCUCCAGGAAUUCCGAUUCGUUUGCAGCAUUAGACGUCAGGAUACACUCGAGGCGCCGCCCAAGCGUGCGCCGCCCAAGAAAGGCAAGAAAAGUCAACGACGGACCGCUGGAUCCUCCAGAUACCGGAGAAAGGCACAGACCCAAGCCGCUACCGAAGCCGAACUGGCUGCCCAAACCCCUGACGAUACCCCCCAAGCAUCGCCAGCGCCAGAUUCAGAGCAGAUUACGCCAGCACGCUCUCCCGAGCUUCUCGAUGGUGAUGGAGAAGCCGAGCAAAACGAGACCCAGCAAGACAUUGAAGAAGAUGGCCAGGAUGUCGAAGAAGCUGAGGAUGAGGCCGAAAACGAGGCCGAGAUGGAGGGACCAGCUGGGCCGAGAGAGGUGCUCCAAUAUCCCAAGAAACAGUACUCGUUCCGGAAGAUCCGCGAGGCCACCGACUUUGCCGACGCACUCAAGGACGUGCAGGACAUGGAAACCUCGGCGCUCCAGGAUACCCUCGCCACCUGUACCGAGACUCUCAAGACCUGGCAAGACGAGUAUCUCGAGCUCAAGAAAAUCACCGACGACGAAGAGAAUGCGAAACGCCGACAAGCCAACGACAAAACCUUGGAGAACUGGGAAAACCGGCAGAAGUUGGAUGAGCGACCUUCGUGGCGUCGCACAUUCGAUGACCCAUUCCAGAAGCUGCCCCCAGCAUUCGAGCUCAAGGGCGUGCGUGCCCCGCCGCCGUAUGUCGACGAUCCCGUCCUGGAAUACCAACGGGCUCAAGACCGGGUUCAGGCAAAUGCACAUGGUUUCGUGCACAACAACCAGGACCGCAAUGUUGGGAAGCAGCGUCCGGAGGAGCAACGGUAUGAGACAGAGGACAUGGAGAACGAGACCAGAUUGCGUGAACGAAAACAGACACAGAAGGCCGCGGACGCCGCUGAGGAGAGUGUCAUCAUCGAAGGCAAGCGAAACCGGAAGCCGCGCAUCCUCGACAACCAGAGCCAGCAACCCAGCCGUGCGUCGACACCUGAACCCGCUGCUGCAGCUGCGCACGCGACUGCAACAAGACCACGCCGUAAGCGCAACGCUGCCGCAACAGCUGAGCUCGCCAACGGGGAAUCUGCCAUCGAGCAGGCUGCUGAAUUGGCACCAAAGAAGCGUGGCCGAGGAAAGGGGAAGGCCAAGGCGACUCCAGACGAGUCUGCCGUCGCAACUCCCGAGACCCCUGCGGCCAUCCAGGCAGAGGAACGUAUCGCUGUUGAGAAGUCCAAGGCUACCCGAAAACGUGGCCGCGCAACUGCCAGCACGGAACCCCAUGCUGCCAACAAUGUCGAGGAGGAGCCAGAACCCCCGAAGCCCAAGCGUCAACGCACCGCAAAGGGCCGUUCUGCUCCAUCCCUCAGCACCGACAUUCCACCGAGAUCCUUCUACAGCAAUCCUUCUCCAGCGGACACUCAGCCGGAAUCGAGGCCAUCUACGUCGUCCUCGGCCACCACUGUUGAUACAGUCGGAACAGCGGACUCGUCCUACUCGUUGCGUGAGAAUAGGAAGCGCAACUACGCCGUCGAUAAUGACCCUGAUUUUGAGGCUCGGCCGAAGAAGCGGACCCGAGGGGUUACCAACAAAGAUGCCCAGAUGGGAGCACCACCGCCUCCGAAGCGGGAUCGGCGACGGAAGAUGGCACCGGCAGAAGGUGCCGCCCCAGUUGCCGUCCCAGCUUUCCUGCCUCCAGGACCGGCCAACAUCGCAGCAGGACCUGGACCAAUGAUGUCCACAUUCAGUGCCACGCCACCACCUGCUCCUCUAGCUCCGGUUGCCAAGAGACCCCCGACGAAGAUCAAGUUCGUCAACAGCACCCAAUUAUUGGCCGCGUCCCAGGGCUUGUCGGGAGCCGGAACCCAGGCGCCAUCCACCAUCAAAACGGCCGCUAAGGCACCAAAGGCAGCAGCCGACUCCGCUCCAUCCGAGUCCGGAGCUAGUACUCAGACAGCCACCAACGGCACCGCGGAGCCAGGAGAGAAGCCAUACUCCGAGAUGAGCAAGUCGGAGAAGAUGAGUUAUUCCAUGAGACGACGAUGGGCACGUGGCGAGAUGCAGGGCGCUGUCGAGAAGCGCAAGCAUACCCUGGCCCUGAAGGCCGAGGCGAAGUCCUCGACGGAGCCCACCGAGGCACAGCAGAAGAAGCCGGCGAAGACCGGCAAGCACAAGGCCGCCGCCUCCGCGAAGUCCCAUUCCGGGACCGCCUCUCCCGCGGGCACCACCCCGGGCACCCCCAUCAUUUCGGAGAACGGGAAUCUGCCUCCCCCUCCCCCACCAUCCCAGACUCCCGUGGCCUGAGGAAAGCACCUCGGGAAUCGCUCGGCGGGGGGGGGCGAGGCUCACAUCUAUCCCGACCAUGUUUUCGUAUAAUUUCUAGAGACACGUUUCUCCGCCCUGACCGGGUCAUCUGCUCUUUUAUCCGAGUACCCUACUUGUAUAGCAUCGCAGCGGAAACUACAAGGACAGCGAGCAUCGUACCUUUUUUUAUUUCCUUUUGUUUCUUUCCUUUUUCCUUCCUUCUCUAUUUUCUCCGCAUAGGAACCAGGAGGGACAUGUAUCUUCCAUGGAUAUUGCAUGGUAUGGUAUGUUUGCUCAUGGGUAUUGCGUGGAAAAAAACACUGGCAUUUGCACGGUAUGUUAUUCCGGAUAUUGCAUCCAUGAUAUUGGCCUGGGCCCCCAGCAAACAAGGGGGAAUCCCGUACAUAAGGUUUCAUCAUACAUCGAUCAGCUCCCUUGAUGGGGGAGCUCUCCUUCUGUACUUAAUCAGCGAAGGAAAUAAAAUCAGCG